AUGCCAGAGAUAUUCUCACCGGUUGGAUCAGGCCAGAACGAUCCGUUCGCCGUUUAUCCUUUUACCAGCUCAAAUGACGACUGCAAGCUUUUUCAAUUUUUUCACAACGUCGUUGCCGAGGUCAUAUAUGGCUAUGGGCCAGCAGCACCACUGUGCUACCUACGAUCGGUAACACAUCACUUCGUCCACGACGAUGCCAUUGUACAGCUGAUUCUAGCUUUCUCCAGUUUCGCUUGGUCGAGUCUAUCCAUGGAGAGAAAGCGGUACGAACGAACAGGCGUCAUUCAUAAGGCCAAGGGGAUCCAGGCUCUGAAUCGACGACUCGGGGAGCCUCACCAUCUCAUCUCAGAUAGCGAUAUUCAAGCAGCAAUCAUAAUGUCAGCAAUCGAGGGCCGCGCGGGAAACUUGAAAGCUUUCAAAAUUCACGCCUCAGGAGCACGCUCCAUGAUCAAACUCCGUGGAGGCUUGGACAAACUGGACCCCCUGCUGGUAUGGCAGAUCUGCUCGAGUGAAUCCCGUAUUUUUGAAGUAGUCGGGGUUGAGAUGUUUCCUUGCACCGACCGCCACUUUGGCCGCUUUCUCUUACGAUGUCGACCAGACGUUGCUGUCUGCCAUGCCGCAUUCAGGAGGAAGUCUGCGGCUUCGAAGCCGCCACUGGAGGAGAUUGAGAAUUUCGUUGAACCCCUCGACCUCCCACCAGACCUCUUCCUCUCAGCCUGCGUCACCGAGUUCGUGAUGGUUACAGCCCAGUUCCAGGAGCUUAGUGAAGAGAGACUCGGGUAUCGGAGAAAUCCGAGUCCAGGUGGUUGGCGAGGCUUGUCGUUCGCACCUACACAAUGGGCGUCAAUAUCAGAUAUUUUUUGCUCCACACUCCACCCGAUCCUAAGCCCGAGUCGUCAGAUACUAGAAUCCGUCACGAUCAGCCAGAACUCGACAGCGUCCGAAUUGUACACCCACGAUACCACCAGAUUGAUCUGUCUACUCCAUAUUCACACUAUGCUGUGGAGAUACAGAGACAACCCGACGCAGGCGGAAAUAUAUAUGCUACGGAUUGAACUUGAGAUCAAGCGGAACGGAUUAGGUGCAACCAAAAGCCUAGACGCUCUGCACUGGGUUCUUGUUUGGAUAUGUUUGAAUAGCGAUGGAUUGCAUCCAGACCAAGACGAACUGGGGUGGAAGGAGCUCACGAGAAUGAUUGCCCGCCUCAUGCGCGUUGCGCGAUGCUUGAGUCGGCGCAGCUGGAAGAUUCUGGAAUAUGCCUUGUUUGAAAGCCUUGGGGCAAGGCGGCGGCUCUACCUGGAAGACCUUGAUGCCACACAGGAACCUAGCAAGCAUCCUGAAGAGGAGAUCGAGUGGUUGGAACCCGAGGUUGUAUGGGAGGAAUCCAUGGCUGAGCCGCCUUCUUGGGAAGGGUAG